CGCAACAACAGUAACCCAUAUGAAGUCACAAAGUCCACGUAGUUGACACUCGGCGCGCUUUCGCCCUUCUUUCAUCUCCAAUGUCUCAAGCAAAUCCCGCUUUCCCAGGUCGCAACGUGUAUGCUUCUUCAUCGAGUAAACUGCCAGAUCGUACAGGGCAGAAACCUGCAGGAGUCGCGCCUUCCCAACACUACUCUCAGUCGGCCUUCGGACGGCGCGCAGACCAGACUCACCCUUUCAACCAGUCGCUCGCACCUCAACAACAACAUGGUGCCCAAGGGGCCAGACAGAGCAUGGAAAAGGAGCCAAACGUAUUGAGCGAACUCAGUGAAGAGCAGCGGGAGGAGAUCAAUGAAGCAUUCUCCUUAUUUGACCUUGACCGUGAUCAACAUUUAAACUACCAAGAGGCGCGAAUCGCCCUGCGGUCCCUGGGCUUCACCAUUCCCAGGCCUGAAAUCUCCCAGAUAAUGCACACGCAUGGAGUGCCGAAGCCACAGUUCAAGAGAGGGUUGCUGGUCAAAGGGCAAACAACAUACCAUGCGAGCCAGCUAUUGUUACCACAGAGCGCGUUCCAGAGGAUCGCCGCACAAAGAAUAUUCGAGCGCGAUCCUGGUGAUGAAGUGGAGCGCGCUUUCCUGUUGUUCGACCCCCAACAAAGGGGUUACAUCGAGGCAGAAGACAUACGAAGAGUUGCCCGCGAACUAGGAGAGACUGGCCUCGAGGAUGACGAGAUACAGGCCAUGAUUGAUAUGUUUGACUAUGACGGGACUGGCACGGUUUCAAAAGAGGCGUUUUAUACCAUUUGUCUACAGUGACCUUUGAGUCGAUUCGACUUCAGCGAUAACGAAGCAACGAUUUAUCAAGAUCUGGACGAUGUUUUUGGAUCCCGAGUUGAAUGUAAUCCGAGGAUGUGGCUGACGGCAUUCCCACAGCUUGCGUGGAAUCUAGCCAUGUUGGAUAUGCGCGACACCUGAGCUUAUCAUGCCUCACCAUGGAAGUUGGACAGGGCCUUCCUGCGCUGUUGAUUUGCCCAUCACCACGUCCCAGUUUCCAAUGUCACGGGUACCUCGAGGUGCCCAGUAUGUACCAGACUGCUCCAGAGAGAAGACUUUCUCGAUCCAGUCAGCCAAUAUGCGCGCAGCAUCUUGGGGAUCGAGAGCGCCACCGGCUUCCCAAAAUUGAUCGAAGCCGACACUCUUGGUCAUUUCGGUUCUCAUGAAGCUUGCAAAUCGUCAGUUCAGUCAAAUUGCUACCCGGCUCUUCGCGGCAAACCGCCGGAGACUUACCUAGGGUGCACUGAAGCGACGGCUAUGCCUCUAUCUUUCAAGUCGAAGGACAGUUGCUUAGCUACCAUGUUCAAGGCUGCCUUGGAGCCAUGGUGACCGAAAUUGCCUCCUCCCUCUUGCUCAUGCCUCAGAGUAAUUGAACCUGACUCUGAAGAGACCAGGAUCACUUUGCUACCUUGAACCAAAGUCGACGCUUUCACCAAUUCUUGAACGAUAAAUACUGGUGCGACCGAUGAGAGAGUAUACAUCUUGACCUCAUCAUCCCAGUUGGCAUGGCCGAAAUCCUCCGUCGCAAAAUAUCCUGCUGUUAUAAUACAGUUGUCAAUUGUCUUGCCGUGCAAUGAGGUAGCCAGAUCCUGCCCACAGCUAGACUUUGACAAGUCGAUGUUCCGUAGCCAGGUUAUGUUGCCAUGGCUGAGGCCUGUAGGUGCAUCUGACGAUCGAGAUGUAGCGUAUACAUGGUGGGAGAGGUUGUCGGCAUAAUAUAGUGCCAAUUCCUUCCCUAGGCCACGAGUCGCCCCUACUAUCAAGGUCGAGGGCAUGUUGCUAGCGUAGGGCAAUUUUGGUGGAAAGGUUGGGCUUGGAUCGAAGACUCACCACAUGUGUGUAAAACCACACUUCAAAAUGUCGAUAGCG